GGUUGAGUAUAACUAAAAAGAAUGUUAAGAAUAUAAUGGAAUUUUGAUAUAUCAUUGGACUAAAAAACACUUUCUUUGUUUGUUUACAUUUGUGAUGGAAACCGAGAACACAAAUAUCAUAGAAGAUAUAAUGCAAAACAAUGUCAAUAUUUUACAAACACCUAAUGAACAAUUAACAAAAAAUGAAACAAUGAUAAAUGAAUCUAUUUUAAAUUGUUUAAAUAAAGAUAAUUCUAUAUUUCAAAUGUUAUGUAAAUGUAUUGCAUUUAGUAGAAUGAUUUAUGAAAUAAAUGAUUGGCAUCAUGCUCAAUAUCAAUGUUGUUUUGGUUAUUUCUAUAUUAAUUGGAAAGGUGAAAAAUAUGCUUUACAAGCUGAAAGUCAUGCAGAAAACUCCAUGAAAUUAAUAUCAUAUUAUUUAAAUUCUACUAGUCAGCAAAUGAAUCAACAGAAUUCUGAUGAUCGUGCUAAUUUACUUAUUCUUUGUAUAGUUUUACUGAAUUAUUAUACAUUAGCAAAAUCAAAAAUAAUUUUAAAAAAGACAAAAGAUGCGUUCAGUUCAAUCAGACAAGCUGAAAAGGCAUUAAAUAAAGUUGAACAGCUAAUGGAUUCAAUUGAAAAAUCUAAAAAUAGUUUAGAAAAUAUUGAUAAUUAUGAAGAUAAUUCUAAACAAUUUGAUAGAUAUUUAGAAAAUUAUUAUCAACAAUGGAAUCAUUGUACUUUAAUGAGAUUAGAUAAAAAAUUUUAUCCAAAUUUGCAAAAUUUAAAAGUUUGUAUUUAUUGUUUGUAUGGAAAAAUUGCAUUUGAAUGUGAGAAAUAUGUUGUAUCUUUUGAUCAAUAUAUGCAAGCAUUGAAAUUCAUAGAGAAGACAUAUGGUCCAGAGAGUAAGGAAAUGAUAUCUGUUUAUCACGCACUUGGUCAUAUUGAAUAUCAAAGUAGUGAGGAUGAUAUGAAAAAAUCUAUAGACUAUUUUAAAAAAGCCUAUGAAAUUUCUAACAAAAUUUACUACAAAGAAGAAAGUUUCCGUUCCAUGGUUGACCUUAUUCGUUCAGUUUAUCUAUUGUGUACAGUUUACAUGAAACUCAAUUUAAAUUUGGAUGAUACUGAACAUCUCCUUGGUGAAAUGUUACAAAUGUUAAAUACUUAUAAUGAAAAAGACAAUCAAAACUCUAUUGAAUAUCAUGUUGAUAAUAAUUCAGAUGGAUCAGUUGAUCUAAUAAGAAUAAAAACUAAUUCACUCGAUAACAAUAAUCAUCAUAUCAAAUGUCUAACAGAUCAUUGUUCGAAUUCAAUUUAUGAAUACUCUAAUGAAUAUUUUGUAAAUUUAAUUUGUUCAUUACGUUCAUUAUUAAUAAAUAUUUAUAUAAAAUCAAGUCGUUUCCAAGAAGCCUUAAAAUUAUUAGAAGAAAAUUUAAAUAUUCAAGAAGACACAUUUGGAAUGUACAAUACACAAGUAAUAAAGACAUAUAAACUAAUCUUGUCAAUUAACAUGGUUCAAGAAAAUUUUGCUGAAGCAUUUAAUCAAGCUGAAAUGGUAUGUACAAAAUACUUAAGUUUGACCUGAAGAUUCACUAUUUUAUUCUUGGUAGAAAUAAUAGUUUAUCUAGAGAAUUCAUUAAUUAUUCCAUAUUCUUUGACCAGAAAAGUUAAACUACGGAACGUUCAAUGUCUUUCUAGAAAAAGGAAGUAAUAUGAACGUCUAAAAAAAACAGCUAUUUGAAAUGUUUCAUAAUUUAUCAGCUUGAUAAGCUGAUACGUGACUGAUAGUAUUUAGUGGAUAUAAUACAAUUAUGGGUCACUAAUUAUAUUGAAUAAUGGUCAAAAAAUGACUAGAGAGGAUUUACUUACAAAACGCAAGCGAAAUGUAGGGAAAUACUAACAUUAACGUCAUUUUUAACGUAAUAAAAGCAAGUUGUUAACGGUUGAUUCUUGUUAGACAUCUGAAUGUUAAA